UUGGCUCCGUGACGUCAUCGCAGAGCAGCGCAGGACUCUCUCCAGCAGCGGCGUGUCCUCCUCAACAAAUGCGAGCAAUGCGAACCGAACGCCAGCGAAACGCGCUCCGCAGACCGGCGCACGCCGCGGAUUAAACCGGGGACUUCUUCAGAUCAUGACGGAGACGGCGGAGAAGUAAAGCCCGAACGCGUUGAGUAACGUCACGCAGCGCGCUCUGAUUCCGCGUACUAGACGCGCAGUAUGCAGGAGCCCAGCUGAUCGAGACUCGAACCCGCAGCGUUUAGACAACCCCACGAACCACUGCUCGACUCCAGAACCAGAACCAGCUCAGAUUAGCUCAUUAGUCCGGCUCCUCAGCUCAUUAAUGAUGGCGGGAAUCCUGCUGGUCACCGCCAACGUCGGAUCGCUGUUUGAAGAUCCGGAGAACCUACAGAAGACGUGGCUGCAGGAGUUUUACCAGACGGUCCAGACGCACCGGCCGCUCUUCCUCGCUCUUCACUGUCAGGAGGUCGGAGGGAAGAACUACGAGGCGUCUAUGACACACGUGGACAGCUUCAUCAAAGAGCUGCUGUCCAGUGACGUCAUGAAGGACUACAACCGCGCUCGUGUCUACCUCGACAAGAACUACAAAUCCCAGGAGCAGUUCACAGCACUGGGAUGUUGCUACUUCAUCCACGAAUCCUUGAAAAACAUCCAGCAGUUUGAUUUCAAAGCCAAGAAGUUCAGGAAGGUGGUUGGGAAGGAGGUGUGUUCGGACGCUCUUCCGAGCGCAGCCUCGCUGGAGAAAGAGAAGUUUCCUCAGGACUAUUUCCCUGAGUCUAAAUGGUCCAGAAAAGGCUUCAUCCGAACCCGAUGGGCGCUGGCUGACUGUGCCUUUGACCUGGUGAACAUCCACCUGUUUCACGACGCAUCUAACCUGGUGGCAUGGGAGAAGAGUCCGUCCGUGUACUCUGGGACGAGGCAGAAAGCGCUGGGCUUCGUGCUGGACAGGAUCACGGAUCAGCGCUUCGAGCGGCUGCCGUACUUCAUCUUCGGAGACUUCAACUUCAGGCUGGACUCCAAGCAGGUCAUCGAGAGUCUGUGCUCGACCGCUAGCAUGCAGACGGUCAGAUCCACUGACACCAAUGAAGUGGACAAACUCAUCUUCAGAGAGUCAGACAAUGACCACAAGGUCGUCCUCCAGCUGGAGAAGAAGUUAUUUAACUACAUUAACCAGGACGUUUUCAGGGAAAACAAUGGAACGCAGCUCUUAGAGUUCGACAGAGAGCUGUCUGUGUUUAAGGAGCGUCUGCAGGAGCUGGACAUCUCCUUUCCUCCGAGUUAUCCGUACAGUGAAGACUCCAGUCAGGGGAAGCAGUACAUGAACACUCGAUGUCCGGCCUGGUGUGACCGCGUCCUCAUGUCCUCCUCGGCCAGAGACCUGCUCCUCAAGCCAGAGAACGAGGAGAAAUCAAUAACAUACGACAACAUCGGCCCCAGCGUGUGUAUGGGGGACCACAAGCCGGUCUACUUGUUCUUUCGGUUAAACACAGGAGCAGGUAAACCUCACGCAAACAAGCACAAGUGUUGUGUCCUGCAGUGAUCCGGUUGGAGAAGAUUCCAUGAAAAGCGUCCCUGUGAGAAGCUGGAUGGACACACACACACACACACACACACAUGCACAAACAGAGGACCCUGUAAAGACUUUUCAGCAGGACUGACCAGUCGCAUUUCUCCAAUGCAUGCAAUCACGUCUAUAGAAACGGCACGCUACGUUCAUGAAUGCUUCAGGAGUCGAGAUCAUGGACACACACACACACACACACACACACACACAUGCUGCAUUUCCACUAAAUCAGAUGUUUCUCGUUUCUCAAACUCUAUCGAACAUCAGAAACACUACAGAUCUUAUAAAGCGUCCUGGCAGGUUUUAGAUAUGCCUCGUGAUAUACCCGGCUCCUUCCAUACAGUAAGACGUUUUCACAAGUGCAAUGAAGAACUCUUGUUGUGUUUCUAAGGCUAGGUUUAUUUCUACACGUUCUCUCUGUUAGAAAGCAUAGGUGUAUUCUGUUCAAGCAUGAGGAUGAUGUUCUUUCUCUCUUGACUCUUAUCUUGGUUUUUCUUGAUUUGCUGUGCCACACACAACCGCCGACUCUCAUUUCAUAUACUGUACUUUUUAAAGAGAUAAUUUAUAAUAAUUCGUACCAAAACUAUAAUAUGCUGACAUUGAUCCGAACGGCUGCUGUGGGUGUAACGUUAAAAUGUUUGAAUAGUUAUAGAAACCAUGUAAUCCACAUCAUGAGAAGUAGAACACGCCAUUUCAGCCUUUAUGAUUUAUAUAUAUAUAUAUAGCCAAUUAAUUUUUUUUUCUUUUAAGCAGUGCCAUAAACCAUAAGUAUAUAAGAUCGUUUCAAUAUUAGUUUUGCUGGGUUCUUACAGUGCUGUUCUUAUAAUAACUUAUUUCUGUGUAAUGCUGUUAUGGUUGAAUGUGAUGUUUUAAAUAGGCCUGGGUAUCUUAAAUAGCUGUUCUUUUAUCUCUUUGUUCUUAUGUAUGAUUUCUUGUUAUUAUAUUAUUGUGUCACGGUGCCAACUAUUGAACUCGGGUUGAGUUCUGAUGGCAUUGUGCAGGAACCGUAGAGAUGCACUUUACUUGACAGUGUGAUGAAGAUCAGGACUGAUGCACAACACAGGGAACACUGUCCAGUAAAGAGUGUGUGAUUUCUCAUGCAUGUUCUCCGCAUCAGAAACUGACUCAAUUUAUUACACCACAGAGUCAACGCUCCUUCCUUUCGGAGUCGGUGGGAAUGAUUUUGUGUCGCUCUGACAGUGAUUUGGUUAGAAGAACUGCUUGUUAACUGUUUUCCCAGCAGCUCAGGUGAUAGGAUUCACUCUUUAAGCAGAUAGCGAUUAGAGCUCAUGGAUGGCAAGAUCUCUCACUAAAAGCAAUAAAACCAUUAGAACUCAGAGAAUGAAUGAAUGAA